CAAAGAUCAACCCCAUGACAAUUAGACGGCACCACUGAGCCUCACCAAGACCUGUCCUUGUUUGCCUCGUCCGCCCCUCAGAGCGCACUCGAUACUCUCUAUUACAAGCAACUUGAGCUGUGCGUUGCCUCGGAAGCUCUGCCUAGUCAUGCGUGACCAACAGUUGCGCCCUCGGGAGUUUUUCUCUGUUCGGCGCGGAGUGUAACGGCUGAAGAUGGCAACUCUCCUUUGUUGUGGACACAAAUGAUGGAUGUGAUUGUGUAUGAUUCGCCACCUACCUUUCGGCUCAUCGACAUGCGGGCGCCGCCUUUUCGAUGUUGCGCUCAAUGUACAGCGUCCCCGGAGCAGCGAGAGGCUACAUCGAGCACCCUUCUUUCGCCUGCUCAGAGCUCGGAUCCGGAGGUUGCUACAGAGCUUCGCACAGCAACGUUGAUGGUAGAAAACUCGGAUGGAAUGCGUAGACUCGCAUCUUUCCCAUCGAUCUCAUCAAAGCCCCUCUCGCCAUUUGCAAACUCUUCAGCCAGAGCAGCCUUGACUCUCGUGGCUCUCACCGUCUUUGUCAGGUUUGGACAUAUGCAUUGCUCCUCCUCACCGUCAGCUUCUGAAUGUUUCACCACUGUACUUGGCAUGUCCUCUGGUAACAAAUGCGUAUCCAAACUCACUGCGAUCUUUCUUUCUUUUUCAUGUUUCCUUGCCGACUUUCGGGGGCCCUUUCCUCCCCGUCACCAUCGGAAGCCCAUUGCACUCCGCCGACAGCCCUAUCGAGGGCGAGCCUGCCCCAUGUGCCAUCAGAAUCCCGCUCGCGCCGGCUUCCCGUUUGCGCUAGAUACACCUUCAGGUUGUACGUACUCGCGUAGAGGUGACGUGUUGCAUAAACAAAGCUCGAGAACCUACCAUGUCCUGCGAACAAAAAAAGCCUAUACACGAUCGAUUGACAGGGAAAAAUGGCAGGCACAACAGCUCUCUUAUCAUGACUGA